GACAGGACAUGUGACAGCCAGCCAAGGCAGCAGUAUUAGCUUUCCUUGCCCUUCACAUCUGUUUCAGCCUGGGAUGCAGGGAGCAGCUGUGUGAUGUCCCCCGUGUUCUCACUUCGCGGAAGAUCCGUGUGGACUUCCCGGAGCUUCCUGAGGCUUUCACGGUCUGAUUCUUGCAGCUGACUGACAGCUUCAUUUUCCACAGCCCUCCGUGUAGAAAUUGGAAUUCGGGUGCUUUUAUCAUGCUGAACGGCCGGGACCGGGGAUACCUUCACUGGGGUUUGUGUCUGUGGAUAUGUGGAUUCUUGGCUUUCUUUAAAGGUAGUACAGGCUGUGUGUCUGAAGAACAGCUCUUCCACGCACUGUUUGCUCGCUACAACCACUUCAUCCGGCCGGUGGAAAAUGUUUCCGAUCCCGUCACGGUGCAUUUUGAGUUGGCAAUCACGCAGCUGGCCAAUGUGGAUGAAGUCAACCAGAUUAUGGAGACCAAUCUGUGGCUGCGUCAUAUCUGGAAGGACUACAGAUUGCGCUGGGAUCCAACGGAGUAUGAUGGCAUAGAGACUCUUCGAGUUCCAGCAGACAACAUCUGGAAGCCUGACAUUGUUCUGUAUAACAAUGCCGUCGGUGACUUCCAGGUCGAAGGCAAGACCAAAGCUCUUCUUAAGUACGAUGGUGUGAUAACCUGGACCCCGCCAGCCAUCUUUAAGAGUUCUUGCCCUAUGGACAUCACCUUCUUCCCGUUUGAUCAUCAGAACUGCUCCCUGAAGUUUGGUUCCUGGACUUACGACAAGGCAGAAAUCGACCUUCUCAUCAUUGGCUCUAAAGUGGACAUGAACGACUUUUGGGAAAACAGUGAAUGGGAAAUUGUCGACGCCUCUGGCUACAAGCAUGACAUCAAGUACAACUGCUGUGAAGAGAUUUACACAGAUAUAACCUACUCCUUCUACAUCAGGAGGUUGCCCAUGUUUUACACCAUCAACCUCAUCAUCCCCUGCCUCUUUAUCUCCUUUCUCACGGUGUUGGUCUUCUAUCUCCCUUCCGACUGUGGCGAGAAAGUGACUCUUUGCAUCUCGGUUCUGCUUUCUCUCACUGUGUUUUUGCUGGUUAUUACAGAGACCAUCCCAUCCACGUCUCUCGUGAUCCCACUGGUGGGUGAGUAUCUACUGUUCACCAUGAUCUUUGUCACGCUGUCCAUCGUGGUGACCGUGUUUGUGCUGAACAUACACUACAGGACCCCAGCAACGCAUCCCAUGCCCAGGUGGGUCAAGACCGUCUUCCUCCAGGUCUUCCCCUCGAUUCUGAUGAUGAGGAGGCCUCUGGACAAGACGAAGGAGGCAGGUAGUGUUAAGGACCCCAAAAGCCAUACCAAAAGGCCUGCCAAGGUCAAGUUUACUCAUCAAGGAGAACCCAAACUUCUGAAGGAAUGCCGCCACUGCCAAAAAUCAACUGAUAUGGCACCUGGCAAGAGAAGGUUAAGCCAGAAGCCUGCACAGUGGGUGACAGAGAAUUCAGAGCACUCGCCAGAUGUUGAAGAUGUCAUCGAUAGUGUUCAAUUCAUAGCAGAAAACAUGAAGAGCCACAAUGAAACAAAAGAGGUAGAAGACGACUGGAAAUACAUGGCCAUGGUGGUAGACAGAAUCUUCCUUUGGGUGUUUAUAAUCGUCUGUGUGUUUGGAACUGUGGGGCUCUUUCUGCAGCCACUGCUUGGGAACACAGGAAAGUCUUAAUUGGUAUUUUCCUUUUACCUUCUGAAUCUUUUAGAUGUUGUGUUUUUUUUUCUGAAGUAUUUACUACAAGAAAAGGCCACGUUUGCAGUCUCCUAAACCAAGAGAAGAAGUGGGUGGGCAUCGCUGCAACCUUAGGAACCUGAACGCGUGUCUUCCUUUGCACUGGCUGUUUUGCAGCCUUGGAGCCCAGAGCGGACAAUGGUCCUAGGCUAAGAGGACUGAAUGAGCUUCUCUAUGCUUUGCAUGCUAUGUUUUGAGAAACACAAAGGGCCCCUCACAGAGCUAAGCCCCAUAGUCAGAGGCAGUCCAUACAGGAAGGUGAUCCCCUUAUAUCUGAAGCUCCUGCUGGUUAUUGAAGUGAUGUGUAUGGCUAGCAAGAAGCUCAGGAAGGCUGCUGCUACUGGACCCUACUUUCUUGUGCGUGUCUCUGUGAUGGAUGUAGCUCACACUAUUAUCUGACACGUGGAAUGGUCGAAGGAGAAAACCGAUAGCAUAUCUCUUAGUAGACUAUUCAAUUCGUGGUACUAUUGGCUUUCUGUUGGUGUGAAAAUCACUGAGAUGACAGCCAUAAAAGGAUGACAUUUAUAUGAGCUCAUGGUUUUAGAGGACUUAGCCCCUCCCCCCAUCACUAGGCCCCGUUGCCUCUGGAUGUUUGAUGAGGCAUCUCUGGAUGUUUGACUAGUAGAGGAUGGCUGUCCACUUAAUGAUAGCUACAAAGAAAGCAAAAAGAGAGGAAGACUGUGGAGUGCCAAUAUUGCUUUCAUGGGCACACCCCAAUGACUUAACAUCUUCCUGCAAGGCCUCCCAUCCUAGGAGCUCUACCACCUCCCAGUACUGUGGAGGAAUCGGUCUCUAACACAUGUCCUUGGGGGUGAUCCAAACCACGGCAGUAUUGUCCUGGCAGGACAUUUGGCUGGCCCCAGUGCUGUGCUAGGCGCUACAAGGGAUAACAUGCAGUCUUUCCCUUGUAAAGUUACAGCCUUUUAGAAAAGCCAUAUAUGCAAAGAUCCACAGGAUCAGGUAGUGGAGAAUAUAGCUAGAGCAACCCAAAUGGGAGAAACUAAUCGGGCAAACCUAAAACCGCUCUCGUGUUUGAAAUAGGUAUCUAUCUGGGUAGCUUUUUCCCCAAGCCCUUCACUAGCUCACUACAUGGAGAUAAAAUAAAAUCAAUAUGAAAUUUUAA